AUCCAUAUAUAUAUACUCCUUGCAUGUCUGAAUCGGUGCUGCUUUUGGUCUUCCGUGUAUGGUUAUUCCUUGUCUUUCUCCUGCUGAGUUUUAAAGCCCUAAAACCAUCCGGAGAGCGUUCCCUAUUAUCGAAACAGCGGCCAUUUCUUUCAUUCCAUAUGCACCACAUUAAGCAUAGAGGCACCAUCUUCUAUACAGAUGCAAUGUGAAUUUAUAUGGGCUAAGUCAAGCAUUUCAUGGGAGGUAUAGAGGACAAUGAACCGCCAUUGAAACGCACAAAAAUUUGUUUGGCUGAAUCAAAUAGCUUAUUGAAAGACUUAUCUCAUAUGCAGCCCGUAGCUUGCUCUAUGGGAUAUUCAAUGGCUAGGCCUCUACCCUCACAUGGGGAUGAAGAAACUAUUGGUUCGAAAGGAAUUAUCAAACGAUCAGAAUUCAUCAAAAUUAUAACUAGGGCAUUGUAUUCACUUGGAUAUGAUAAGAGUGGGGCCCUUUUAGAGGAAGAGUCAGGUAUAACAUUGCACUCAUCAGUAUUUAAUUUGCUUAUGCAGCGAGUGAAUGAUGGAAAAUGGAAUGAAUGUGUGGCUAUGCUGCAUACAAUUGGUGUCUUGGAUGAGAAAACUGUGAAAUCAACAUCUUUCCUGAUAUUGGAGCAGAAGUUCCUCGAGCAUCUGAAAAUGGAAAAAGUAACCGAUGCUUUAGAUACUUUACGGAAUGAGAUUGUACCUCUCUGUGUUAAUGUGAGUCGAGUUCAUGAGCUUGCUGCCUGCAUUGUCGCACCUUCACAGUAUGUAAGACUUGGGCUUUCCAGUCAAGAUAUUGAUGUUGUAAAGUCACGGUCAAAUAUUUUGGAGACACUGCAGAAGGUGCUUCCUGCAGCAGUAAUGACACCUGAAAAAAGGUUAGAACAUCUAGUUGAACAGGCUCUUGAUGUGCAGCGAGAUGCUUGUAUAUUUCACAACACUUUGGAUAGUGAUUUGUCUUUGUACUCGGAUCAUCAUUGUGGGAAAAACCAAAUUCCUUCUCAAACGUUACAGAUACUUCAAGAACAUACUGAUGAAGUUUGGUUUUUGGAAUUUUCACAUGAUGGGAAAUAUUUAGCUUCAUCAUCGAAAGAUCAAUCAGCAAUUAUAUGGGAGGUUAAAGAGGAUGGUCGUGUUUCAUUGAAGCAUAAACUAACUGGCCACCAGAAGCCAGUGUUGAUGGUGUCAUGGGGUCCGAAUGAUCGCCAGCUCCUCACGUGUGGACUGGAGGAGGUCAUUAAACGUUGGGAUGUCAUAUCUGGAGAAUGCCUCCUUGUUUAUGAGAAAAACAAUGUUGGCCUGAUUUCUUGUGGAUGGUUCCCUGAUGGUAGAGGGAUAUUCUCUGGUAUGACUGACAAGAGUAUCUGCCUCUGGGAUUUGGAUGGAAGAGAGCUGGAAUGUUGGAAAGGGCAGCAAACACUCAGGAUAUCAGACAUGGCUGUAACUGAUGAUGGAAAGAGGAUCAUAAGCAUAUGCAAAGAAACCUCAAUAUUAUUGCUUGACAGGGAGGCAAAAUUUGAGAGAUUGGUUGAAGAGGAGGAAGCAAUUACUUCGUUCUCCUUGUCAAAGGACAAUAAAUUCCUACUGGUCAAUCUUAUAAAUCAAGAAAUUCAUCUUUGGAGUAUAGAGGGUGAUCUAAAGGUUGUGGCAAAGUACAAAGGUCACAAGUGUUCCAGAUUUGUCAUUAGAUCUUGUUUGGGUGGAUUUGAGCAAGCCUUUAUUGCCAGCGGGAGUGAGGAUUCACAGGUGUAUAUAUGGCACAGAGGUUCUGAGGAACUCCUACAGGCAUUGCUAGGGCAUUCGGGAGCUGUUAAUUGUGUGAGCUGGAAUCCUACAAAUCUUUACAUGUUGGCUUCCGCCAGCGAUGAUCAUACUAUUCGAAUAUGGGGUUUAGAUGAGCUCAACUUGACACGCCGAGACUCGCAUAGUAAUGGCAUCACUUGUUGCUCGAAUGGAAGAAUUUGAAACGAUUUUCUAAGACAUCCAAAAAUUUGUUGAGAUUGUAAGAAAGCAAAUGUUUUUUGAAAGAAUUUAUAAUAGUAGAUGAAAUCCAUAUUUUGCUUAA